UGUUGGGGGCGUUCCGGGAUUGAGGGGUGGUUGUGGUGGUGGCCUAGGGAUACCCUACUAGCUAUCGCUUCAGUGGUUAUAGGGGACCCCUGCCGGAGAGCUUUAAUGGAGCUGAGUCCUGCCUUCGCGCUGAGGAGCCCUCGUUUUCGAGAUCAGGCCUGACCGGGAUAAGCUCCAGCCUUGCCACUAAAUGAAUAUUAACAAUAGCUACAGAAUAUAUGAUUGUUUGGAUCAAAGAAGAUUGAGGAGGGGCCUACUUCAGAGUGAUCGGAGGAAACUUUAGUUGAUGACAUUUGAGAAGAAACAGUAUUAUGUCUCAGUCCUGGGCAAAGUGAGGUAUUUUGCCAUCCUUUCCUUCCAUGAUAUGAUUCUUCAGGCCAAGAAGAAAAAGAUGUGUCUGUAGUUAGAAUUACCUCAUCCUUGGUGUUUUUCACCCUAGGAUCACUAUAUGUGACUAAUGCCGUUACAUUACGGCUGUUCUUGAAGACUAAUUAGUUACACUGGAUAUGCUGCUGUUCUUUACUUUGGGAUUGCUUAUACAUUUUGUGUUCUUCGCCUCCAUCUUUGACAUUUAUUUUACAUCUCCUUUGGUUCAUGGAAUGACUCCUCAGUUUACACCAUUGCCUCCUCCAGCGAGAAGAUUAGUGUUGUUUGUUGCUGAUGGCCUUCGAGCAGACACACUUUACGAAUUAGAUGAAAAUGGAACCUCUAGAGCACCGUUUAUUAGGAAUAUCAUAAUGCAUGAAGGCAGCUGGGGCAUAUCCCAUACACGUGUGCCGACAGAAUCUCGGCCAGGUCACGUAGCUCUGAUAGCUGGGUUUUAUGAAGAUGUCAGUGCAGUUGCCAAAGGAUGGAAGGAAAAUCCUGUAGAAUUUGAUUCUCUUUUUAAUGAAAGUAAAUACACAUGGAGCUGGGGAAGCCCAGAUAUCCUGCCUAUGUUUGCCAAAGGUGCUAGUGGAGACCAUGUUUAUACAUACAGUUAUGAUGCUAAAAGAGAGGAUUUUGGUGCUCAAGAUGCAACAAAACUGGAUACGUGGGUUUUUGAUAAUGUUAAGGACUUCUUUCAUCAUGCCAGGAACAACCAGUCUUUGUUUUCUAAAAUAAAUGAAGAGAAAAUAGUUUUUUUCUUACAUUUAUUAGGAAUAGAUACAAAUGGACAUGCUCAUCGACCAUCCUCGAGAGACUACAAGGAUAAUAUUAAAAAAGUUGAUGAUGGAGUUAAAGAAAUCGUGUCUAUGUUUAACCAUUUCUAUGGAAAUGAUGGGAAAACAACAUUUAUCUUUACCUCUGACCAUGGAAUGACAGACUGGGGUUCCCAUGGGGCUGGCCAUCCCUCAGAGACUUUAACUCCUUUAGUCACUUGGGGAGCCGGAAUCAAUUAUCCCCAAAGAGUAUCAGCUCAGCAAUUUGAUGAUUCAUUUUUGAAAGAGUGGAGAUUGGAGAACUGGAAGAGGCUAGAUGUCAAUCAGGCUGAUAUUGCACCAUUGAUGACUUCCCUUAUUGGAGUUCCCUUUCCUCUUAACUCAGUGGGAAUCCUUCCUGUGGAUUAUCUUAACAACACUGAUCUCUUCAAAGCAGAGAGCAUGUUUACAAAUGCAGUACAGAUUCUUGAACAGUUCAAGGUGAAAAUGACUCAGAAAAAAGAAGUUACUUUACCAUUUUUGUUUACACCAUUUAAACUGCUUUCUGAUUCCAAACAGUUCAACAUUUUAAGAAAAGCAAGAUCUUAUAUAAAGCACAGAAAGUUUGACGAAGUGGUCUCCCUUUGCAAGGAGCUAAUUCAUCUAGCGUUGAAAGGAUUGUCCUAUUAUCACACAUAUGACAGAUUCUUUUUGGGCAUCAAUGUUGUUAUUGGUUUUGUGGGAUGGAUAUCUUAUGCUUCUUUGUUGAUCAUGAAGUCUCAUUCCAACCUUAUAAAAGCUGUUAGUAAAGAAGUUAAGAAACCAAGCCAUCUCCUGCCAUGUAGUUUUGUAGCUAUUGGCAUUUUAGUAGCAUUUUUUCUGCUGAUUCAAGCGUGUCCCUGGACAUAUUAUGUAUACGGUUUGUUGCCAGUGCCAAUAUGGUAUGCAGUUCUAAGAGAAUGUCAAGUUAUUCAGGACCUUGUCACGUCACUGUUGACCUAUCCUUUGAGCCAUUUUGUUGGGUACCUGUUAGUCUUUACCUUGGGCAUUGAAGUAUUAGUUCUCAGUUUUUUCUACCGCUAUAUGCUUACUGCUGGACUUACUGCCUUUGCGGUUUGGCCAUUUCUCACUCGGCUGUGGACUCGAGCAAAGGUGACCUCACUGAGUUGGGCUUUCUUCUCUGUGCUCCUGGCGGUGUUCCCACUGAUGCCGGUUGUAGGUCGAAAGCCAGACAUCUCUCUAGUGAUGGGUGCUGGCUUGCUGGUUCUUCUGCUAUCCCUGUGUGUUGUAACAUGUCUCAUGAAAAGAAAAGAUAGCUUUAGAAAGGAAGAGCUGUUGGUACAUCUAUUACAGGUGCUGAGCACGGUGCUCUCCAUGUAUGUUGUGUAUAGCACCCAGAGUAGUCUACUUAGGAAGCAAGGACUGCCUCUUAUGAAUCAAAUUAUUAGCUGGGCAACAUUAGCCUCUUCCUUGGUUGUGCCACUACUGAGUUCUCCAGCUGUCUUUCAGCGAUUGUUCAGCAUACUUCUUUCAUUGAUGUCAACCUACCUACUUCUAAGCACAGGGUAUGAAGCUGUCUUUCCACUAGUAUUGUCUUGUUUGAUGUUUGUCUGGAUAAACAUAGAACAAGAAACUCUACAACAAUCUGGUGUUUGCUGUAAACAAAAGCUUACCAGUAUCCAGUUCUCUUAUAAUACUGAUAUAACUCAGUUUCGACAGCUGUAUCUGGAUGACAUCCGUAGGGCCUUUUUCCUUGUUUUCUUCUUAGUGACAGCAUUUUUUGGAACUGGAAAUAUAGCUUCCAUUAACAGCUUUGAUCUUGCCUCUGUCUAUUGCUUUCUGACUGUGUUCAGUCCUUUCAUGAUGGGAGCCCUGAUGAUGUGGAAGAUUUUAAUCCCCUUUGUUCUUGUUAUGUGUGCUUUCGAAGCGGUUCAGUUGACUACUCAGUUAUCAUCAAAAAGCCUUUUUCUCAUUGUUCUCGUCAUAUCAGACAUUAUGGCUUUGCAUUUUUUCUUCUUGGUCAAGGAUUAUGGCAGCUGGCUUGAUAUUGGGACAAGCAUCAGCCACUAUGUGAUUGUCAUGUCCAUGACCAUCUUUUUGGUGUUCCUCAAUGGCCUGGCCCAGCUGCUCACAACAAAGAAACUCAGACUAUGUGGCAAACCCAAAAGUCACUUCAUGUGAAGUUGCUGAAGCACCAUUCAGCAUCUGGAUCCUGAUUCUCCUUUUAAACUAAAAUCUCAUCAAGGACUCAAUAAGAAGAUGGAUAUGGAUAUAUAGUAUAUUCUACUCCUGUAGGAAAAAUGGUAUUUGGAAUUCCGAAUUGACAGGUUAUCUGGAACAAAGGAGCUUCUUUUCUUUUUUUCCUAGAUUUUGCAGGCAUGAAAUAGUGAUUAUAUCUGUGGAAAAGCAUAGGAAGGAAUUCUCCAUUUUCGUUUUUCUCCUUUGGCUGGCAGUUCUUCCCAGUGAUGUUGAGAACACCUGCAGUAAUCUGGUCCCCAACCGCACAGCUUCCUGCAUACCCAGAAGCGAGCACAUGCCUGUGGGGGCAGUGCUGAUGGCAUCCAGAAUCAUUGCCGUGGCUGAGCUGGAAGGAAAUCACCAGGUGCCACCGUCAGUAUUUAUCAGCUUUCAGCACUGGUUUUGUUGGACAAUCAGGGUGUAUUAUUUCAAAAGUUUAGUAUGCAAUAAUACUAUCUUAUCCUUGUUAGUGCUAUUUCUCGGGUUUUCACAGUCAACUGCUAGAUGCAUGUCUAUCCUUCACUUUUUGGUUUUGUUUUUUCAUUUCUGGAUUUUCAUGGAAUUUCUGACAACACAAAAGUAGAAAGUGCUUGGUAUUUCUGUCUUAUACAUAGGAAAACAUUUAAAAUAAAUAGUUUUUAAUUGUAGGCUCAACAUUUGUUACCCCAUAGCUUUUUCAUGUAUUAUUUAUUUCCCUUUGAAUUUAUUUUUACUGUCAUCUAUUGUUUUAACAGGAGUUUAAAAUUCAAUGGUUUAACUUUCUGACAAUAUCAUAAGAAUUCAUAUUAGAGAUGUUAUUCUUUCUGGUUGUGAGAUUCUAGCCCAAAGGCCUAAAAUCAUCAGAUUAGAUUUCCAUUUGUAAACAAAUUCUAAUGAGCAAAAUAUCUUGAGAGCAUUUUUUAUAUGGAUUGUCCAUAAAAUGACCUUUACAUAUCCCUGUGGAGUUGGCCUUUUGCCUGUGGUAUGCCAGUAGCUUUUGGCUGAUGCAAAGCUUUCCUGGUAUGUGCACUAUUUUUAAGAAGUAAUUGCUUUUGAAUUAAGUUAUAGCAUUACUAAUUCACGUUAAUGACUAGGAAGCCCUCUGUAAUUUACUAGAUUUUUCAAAUUGGUGGGGAGUGAAUAAAUACAAUUUAAAAGAGUCAGAAAUCAGUUUGGUGAAGUGUACUUUCUUAAUUUCGAUUUAUGAUGAAAUGUAGUUAUAAUUUAUUUGUAAUACUACUUUAUGGUAUACCAGUGAAAGAAUUACAGUAUAAAAAAGAGGUAUUAAUGUUUUAUGAAAUCUCAUGCAUCAGUUCAUAGCAUAAAAUCUAGCUGGACAACUAAGAAGCUAUGGUAGCAAACAGUGAUGUUGAUGGAAUGAGAACCAUGAACUUUCAUAUUACCUCAAAGGAUUUUUUUUAUCAGUUUUUUUCCACACAUCAGAGAAAACUGACUGUAUAAACACUUAUCAUUGACCUCUUUCUAUGUGUGGUUUUGCCUUUUAUCUUUUCCCAAAUUUUUAUACAGAGAAAUUAAUAAAUAUUUUAUUACAACAUUGUAAAA